ACCGGGGUGAUGAGGAGCGCUGUGAGAUCCGGUACAGCCAUGCGGUUCUUCGCGCUGAUCGGCAUCUUUUUAACAUGUACAGACCAUAUCUAUGGCCAAAUACAGUGGACACAAGAAAAGCUAUACCACAAGGCGAGCUCUCUGAGUUCUGAUGAUCUGUUAAGUGUUCUGGCUCUAACAGACACUGACCGCAUGUGGAAGAAUGACCUGAAGCCCAUGCUGAUGGUGCGCUAUCCUGGCUCUCCAGGAAGCCAAGCAGUGCAGAAGCAAAUAAAAUCUACUCUGAGCUCAUUGAAAGCAGGCUGGGAAGUGACUGAGGAUCGUUUCCAGAACUGGACACCUUAUGGCCAGAUGCCUUUCACCAACAUAAUCGCCACUCUUAACCCUAGUGCUAAGCGGCGCCUAGUGCUGUCUUGUCACUACGACUCAAAGUAUUUCCCUCCUCAGUGGCACGGACAGGAGUUUCUGGGAGCCACUGAUUCAGCUGUUCCCUGCUCCAUGCUGUUAGAGAUGGCCAGGGCACUUGAUAGGGAGCUUAAGACACUUAAGGAAACAGAGUCGGACUUGACACUACAGCUGAUCUUCUUUGAUGGAGAGGAGGCGCUGUAUCAGUGGACUUCUACUGACUCUCUUUAUGGUUCCCGACACCUAGCAACCAAAAUGGAGAACACGGCACACCCUUUGGGAGCUAAAGACACAAACCAGUUAGAUGGCAUUGAUCUUUUUGUUCUUUUGGACUUAAUCGGAGGUCCGACUCCUCGCUUUGGUAAUCAGUUCUCCAACACUGCCAGGUGGCUCUUCAAGCUCCAAAAUAUUGAGCGGCGCCUGCAUGCACUGGACCAUCUACUGGAUCAUCCUAACGAAGUGCAGUACUUCUGGCCCAACAUGCCUGUGGGUCCUGUACAAGAUGACCACAUGCCUUUUCUUAGCCGAGGGGUCCAUGUGCUUCAUCUUAUCCCUAAUCCAUUUCCCUCUGUGUGGCAUACAUUUGAUGACAAUGAGGAGAAUUUGGACCGAGCCACGAUCCAGAACCUCAACAAGAUUUUGCAGGUCUUUGUGCUCGAAUACCUCAACAUGAAAAGCCAAGAUCUGCUCACUCAGGCACCCUAAUGUUCCUUUGUCUUAUGCCUAAUCAGUAACAACCGCACUAUGAAAUCUUGUUACCACAAAGUACCACAUAAUUUCGUAUUCUUGACACUAUGGUGUUAUUUAGGAUCAAUUGUCUAUUUUUGUGUGUUCAUUAAUAACUCUAUAUUGUACAACAGGACCAACUAUGAUUACUGAGAUCAGUAUAAUCAGUAUAUUAGUAAGCAUUGACAUUCUGCCUGGUGUAAUGUGAGACUUCUUCAAUCUGUAAUAAAUAUUACUGUUCUAGGA